UAUAGAGAAAUUGACAGCCUCUAAAUAUUUUUGUCUUUCCAACUUUUUAGGGCUAUUCGAGGUGUUCCAACUUCCAAUGUCCAUAUGCUCGACACUAUAGGUCAGACCCACCUUCUAAAACGCAGCCGUUGUGAGUGAUUCCACGGAAACAUAACGCUCUACAGAAGGUCUGGGCGUUUUUUCCCCAACCCGAAGUACCUACCUCAGUACAAACCGAAAAAACCAAAAUCGGAUCCGAACUGUUAUACAAAAAUAUUCGAACAUGACUUAUGAGCCUAGUAUUUUGGGGUUUGGUUAUAACUGAAAUUUAACCAAAAUCCAAACUAAGAUCCGAUAAUAUCUAAAAUUAGUUAAAUAUGUUAAUGUUUUUAUAUAUGUUAGGUGAUUAAGAUAUUUUAGAGUGUUCAAAAUAUUUUUGUAGUUUGUUUUAUCUAUUAUUUUGAAUAUUUUUUAGUUAAUUUAGAUAAUUUAACUAAUUUUAAUUAGAUUUGUGAAUAAUUUAUAAAUUUUGAUUUUUUUUGUUAAUUUUGGAGGUUUUAAAAAAAUAAUUUGGACGGUUUCAAACAUUGGUUACAAUCCAAUCCGAACCGAAUCCGGAAGGAACAUAACCGAAUCCGACCCGAUAAUUAGUAAAAUCCGAACGAAACUUAUCUCCAAAAUGCUCCAAAAUGACAACAUUGCUCCAAAAUACUCAUGAACCUGUAAAUACUCUAAAAGACUCCAAAACAUAAUAAAUAGGUUCUAAAACACUUAUAUAUCAAUUCCCCCAAACUUAUUAUUUUGUUUGCCCUCAAGCAAAACAAGAGUAGUCCUAAUGAAAGAGAUUUUUGAAAAUAGCAAAGACUCCCAUAUUUAAAAUCACCACUCUCACUUUUGCAAAUAUGAUAAGUGCAAGUGAAACAUUACUAACCUAGGAUGAUUCAGUGUACUACACUCUAGUUUAGUCACUGAUAUCACUCAAAUUACUCUAAUUAGUGACUUUUACUCUCUUAAAUAAGAGGUUCAGUUGUAGUACUUAAGGAACAAAUCCACAUGGAGCGUGGGCACACAAUAGACUCAAGCAAGUCGCAAUUAAGCUAAGCUAAUAGAUAUGAAGAGAUGGUUUCUAGACUUAGGUUUUCAGGUAAUCAGGAUUAUAGUGAUAUAGAUGCUAAGGUUAUCAAUCCUAGAACUCGAAUUAUACUGUAAAGAUAUCCAGCUUCUGCAUGCGAGUCUUAUGUAUUGACUAAGUCCAAUAUCUCAGCUUCCGCUUGUUGAUAUGGAUCAAACGUUGAUCGAUGCUAUGAGAUUAGCGUCGAUUGAUGUUUCCUUAGACAGACCUUAAAGAGUUGAUCUAUAGGUUCACUAGUCUUAACUAAAUCAGAUGUCUCUUGUUUCUAGCAAUCCUAGCUCAAGGGAAUCUAUUAUGGUGUAGAACCCACCGCCGUAUAGGUUCUAGUUAGCUACUCUGGAACACAUGCAUUGCAAUCAAUUCUUGAAGGAUAUCUAUAACCUUAGCAAUUCUAUAUUUAAGGCUAAUCCCUCAUAACCAUAAUAAACCCUAAAUCUAACAGGUGAAUCUAUUCAAGCAUGAUAAUUAUCACAUAAAACCAUAGAUGAAUAGAUGAAUAGAAAUCAAUAAUAAAACCACAGGAGUUCCAAUAGGACUUUGAAGGAGUUCCUCUCUUCUCCAACCCUAAACCUAUGGACAAAACUAAGUAAAGAAAGCUUAGCCGUCAACAUUGGCUUAGAAAACACAUAAAUAUGAUUUUAGGUCGUCCAGGGGUAUGGCAAUAAUUGAAGACUUCUGGGCUUUAGUCGAUUAUGAAAUAGGCUCGGCCAAUCUUCUGGGAUUACCGUCGAUCAAUACCAAGGCUUUUUCGUUUAUCGACAUUCCUUCAUUUCUUCGACAGCUUCCUCUCACGAGGCAGACGUACCACCCUUCAGUAAAACAAACAUAACUUCUUCUACAUGAUGCUGAUUGACCUCAAACUGGUAGAAUUGGAAAGCUAACUCAAAUAUAUAUCAUGUGUCAAAAUAUGUAAUCAAACCGUGGAAAUGUCUCCAUCCAUAUCUAAACUUUUGACGCGUCUGUGUAGUUCUGCACCUCAAAAGGCUCCAAAAUCACCAAAAUUCUUCAAAACGUACUUGAACCUGAAAACACUCUAAAAACAUACUCCAACCCCGUAUAAUAUACUUUAAAACACUCAUAUACCAUGGCUAAAAAUGGAUAAAAUUUAUGGUAUAUCAGUCACCAUUACCAUACAUCACACAACUCCAUUGAUAGAGCCUGACAUACCCCUCUAUUUACCUCAUUUCUGCAUAAAGUAAAUGUGUAGGCUACAUAUUGGGAGCAUCGAUCGAGGGACACAUGGAAUCAACUCAAGCAAUUAUAUGGAUCUACACGUAACCUUUCUUGUUUUCCCUCUCUCUUCUCUCUUCUCUGAAUCCAUUUUUUUUUUAGUUUUAGAUAGUAUAUAUAGUAUUACUAGGAAAAGUUAUAGGCGAAUUGUGGGGUCAUCGAUAAUGUAUCUACUCCUCAUUUCCAAUCAAUGUGUGAUCAUUCUAUCAUAGUAGAAUAAUGGGGUCGCAGGAAACAGUCCUACCCCACUAAACCGCAAGAAAUCAUUUCAAUCUUUUGUAAAUAUGGAUGCCAAAGAGAGGUGGAAGGAGAACCAUGGAAACUGAGUCUAAUACCUUCCAGACUCGCAGGAGGACUCCGGUCCAAUGUGUACCAAGCCCCAAAAGAAUUGUGUAGAGUAGAUUAAGAUUGGAUGUCAACUUUGAUUUUUCCAGACAUUCUCAGUAAGUGUGGAUGUGAGCAACACAUGAUACACUGUGGUGUUUCCAUCUAAUACAUCCCGCAGUCAAUAAAUUUAGAUGGUGCUAGAGAGUAGUUAGGGUAGCAAUUAAAUUGUAUAUGAUCAUAAUCCCCUUCUUGACUUAGUUAAACAUAAGUGAAAACAUUUAUUUUAUAAGACUAAAACUAAACUUAAUAUCAGUAAACCCCUUUCAUACUUAAACAACACUAUCCCAUUGUUUAUUCAAUCGAAGUUUGGUUAGAACAUAAAUAAAAAAUACUCAAUGUAACAAGGAAAAUGAUAUACCUGCUCGCGGAAGUCAGUGUCGAUCAACAAAAUUAAGUGGCAAUCGAUCGUUGGCGGUGGUGUACUGUCGAUUAAUAUCGACUGGUCUCAUCGGCCAAUUCUUAGAGAAAUCGUUUCCUCAGAUUUUUUUCUUUUUUUUCUUUUUUCUGAAACAAGGCAAUGACAAAAAUUAAGUAAAAUUGACAAUUAAAACUUAAAUAAAACUUACCAAUAGGUUACCUCCCAUUAAGCAUUUUUUAUAGUCAUUUAGCUUGCUAUUUGGAGGUCGUUUGGCUAGUAUGGAGGUAGGUGACUACUUUUUGGAAAAAAAGUGUUUACAUCUUCUUUGUUCAUCUCAAGCCAGGUAACAACAAAGCUUUUGAUUGCUUCUUCACGUCGGGUUCUGUGAUCUUGCUGCCUCUGAAUAGUCUUAUGAGAAGAAUUUACUUUCAACUUCAAUGCCUCCAUCUGUCCUUCCAAUGCUGCAACAAGGUUGACAAGAGGGAAAUAUACAUCAUCUAUUUGUCUAUAAGACUUCUCGAUGCCACGAUGUCAUUGAGGAGUUCUUCUAUGUAGUCUUUUCUGUAUGAAUGAGCAGGCCAGUAGGGUUGUGAGACAUAAUCACCAGGUAGCUAAAAACAUUCCUCAUACUGUGGUACACGCAGAUACUUCCCUCCUGAUUUAUCAGCCAUCUCUAAUAUUGCUUUUAUAUCCUUCUUAGAAACAUUGAUGAUUCUUUCAUCAAGUGCUUGUGCAUUGCCUUAUUCAUCUCUGUGUACUCCAUACUCAUCUGGCUGUAUGACACAAAUCUUCCUCCUUGAAGGGAUAGCAAUGUGAAUCGCAAAGCUCGGUUGGUAGUAAUCAUUCUUCCAAUUGUCGAUCGAUCCUUCUGAAAAAUCAUCUAUCUCAUUCGCAGGAUUAUUGUCGACCGGUGCCUCUAAGGCUAUGUCGAUCGUGGAUUCAAAACGACGGUCGAUAGACGGCUCAUGUUGAGUGUCGAUCGAUAUCUCACCAUCUGAUUCGCGUUCAGCUCCAGAAUCGGAGUAACAUACUUUUUGAAUCCUGGAUCAUCUCCGAUCUUGAUGUAGGACGUUUGUGACUUGACAAUUCUCACUGGAUCAUAGUAGACAUUCAGGUCUAUGAGUGUCAGGAACAACUGGUUUGUCUGCAUCUUACAAACUGCUCCUAUAGUAGCCAUGAAAUAUCUCCCAAGUAGUAGAGAAGAAUUCCAGUGAAGCUUGAUAUCUAAGACAUGGAAGUCCACUAAAAUUAGGCAUUACCAAUCUGUACCUCAAAGUUUCUGAUGAUUCCUCUUGAGUUCCUCCUAUAACAGUCUCCAAAAAGAAACGAAUCCUCCGAAGAUUCUAAUUAAUAUUCAUUUAUAAUAAUAUUUAACAUUAAUUACAAAUUUUAUUAAAACUAAAUAUCAGAAAGAAAUAUAUCUUCACAUUUAAAUAAAAACCAUUAAAUAUCUUUUAGAUAUCUUAUAUUAUAAAUAUUGAAAUAAUAUAAUAUAUUAGGGUAUAUAUUAUUGACUAAGUUAAUUUUAUGAGAAAUAAUAGGAAGUUAUAUAAUGUAAUGGUCCAACUAUGAUUUUUUUGUAAGUAGGAUUUUUUAGUGCUUCUGUUUUAAUAGUAUAUUUUAAUAGUAUAGAUAAAAAAAUUAACACAUGUUUUAAGUGUUCAAAACACUACCUAUUUUUCCAACUUAAGUCGCCAACUCUUGACCAUAUAUCUACUUUAUGAGGUAUACAAAACAGACAUUAAACAUGACCGUCUGUGUUUAGAUUUCGUCCUAAAAUUAGUCGUGGUUCAUAUUUAACAAAAGGAAUUGUUAGUUGGUUGAAUCUAGAGUAAUAAGUGUUUAAAAGUCCUAUUUGUAAACCAUAAAUCAAUUGGAAAUGUAAAAUUUGUGGAGCUUUAGAAAGAGAAACCAUAAUCAGAUAAAUCUAUGAAAAAAGGAUCAUAAAACACAACUAAAAAAUAGUACAUAGAGCAAACAUUCAAGUGAAAUGUUAAACAACCAUUAACAUAUGAAAACAUGUCAAAACAUCAUCAAAAGUUGUCAAAUUUCAUUUAGAAAUACUUUUUACUUAUAAAUAUUAUGUUGAUGAUAUUAUCAGCAUAACAUAUAUUCGGAGGUCUUUUUGUAAUUCAUAUAAUCCAUGUAAUUUUAAAAAGAUUACAUGGAUUAUAUGAAUAUAUUUGGAUACAUGUAAUCUAUUUUUGUUAAGCUAGAUGGAUUUUCAACUAUCGAUGUGGGAGACUUUUUCUCUAAUAUAUCUCCUCUAAAUGAUGGUUCUUUGAGCGUCAAUCUCGGAAUGUUCGAGGAUUGAUCGAUGGGCUAACUUGGGCUAGAUCGAUAUGGAUCAUGUUGUAUUGUAUUUAUCGGGCUCUGAUACUAUGUUAAAAAGUAUAUGAGUUUCCAACCUAAAACUAAUAGCUGAUAAAUGGAUUGGACAAUCUAUUUUAUGUAUUAAUAAAGAUCCUUUCCAACUACCAAUAUAGAAUAUUUUGUCUUUAAUAAUCGGUAUUGUUUCUCUGAUAAAACAAAAUUUUGUAACUCAUCGUAUUCCCAUUUUUGAAUUAGUAAUGAAUUUAUUGUUUAAAAAAUCUUUUAUCCUUCUAUCUCCUUUUUUUUUCUCAACCUACUGUGUUUUUGUAACAUCAGUUUGUUAAAUCCAGUCAAUAAUCUCAGAAUAAUUGUUAUUAACUAGACAUUUGGUUAACACCUACAGACCGUUCAAAGACACAGUAAGUGUUUUUCCCUAAUUUUCGGAUCAGACAUAUUCCAAGAGCACAAAACACUUUGGUAGACAGACUUGCAUGUGGUGCGAAAAUUUUUUCUACAGCUAUGCUUUAUGUGGAUUUCACACCACCGGCUUGGCUCUCUGAACCGGUUGGCGUAGUUAUUUAGUUUAGCAGUUGUUGUCAAAUAAAAAAAAGUUUACACCUAUCGUGUGGGUAAAAGACCUAACCUUUUUCUAAGGAUUUUGAAACCCUUGACGUUUACAAAUAUUUAUAAAACAUUGACAGUUCUAUGAAAAACCACGUUUUUCUUUUCUUGUGGCAAGGACCACGUAUGUUGGGUUGUUGCCCUACGCAUAGUAAGUGGAUAUAAUAUAGUUUAGUUUAUAUUGUAUAUAAAAUAUACAUAUAAUAAUGCAUUAUAUAGUCUAUAUCCAAUGAAAUAAUUAACAAACUUAAAAUAAUAUAAUGCUGUGGAUGUUUGAACCCACCAUCUGAGCAUAUAUAAUAUCAUGCUUGCCGUUGGUCCUAUCCCUACUAUGUUAUCAGCCCGUUUUUUUUAGAGCCGGGCAAAGAAAAAAAAGACCGAUCAGAAAAAUCGAACCCAUCUAAUCCGAGAAGUAGUACCAAAUUUUUAGAUUUAAUAUAUAUAAUAUAUAAAGUAUUUUGAAGUUUGUCAUAAUACUCGUAAAUAUAUAUAAACAAUCAAAAUAAAAAAUAGUUAAACAAUACUAAAAAUACCAAAAUACUUGAAGUGUCUAUUAAUUAUCUAUCUAAAUAUUCAAGUGACGCUAAUUUUUUUAACUACAAAGCCAAACCAUUAAAUUUAGGUAUUUGGGCAUACGUUAUUCAAAAUUUUCUGUAAUAAUAUUUUAUUUUUAUUUUUAGAUUUUGACAAAAUUUAAAGUAUAUAUGAAAUUUAGAAUUUUAAAAUUAAGUUAAACAUAUUAUCUGAACCCAAACCAAACCCACAAAGAUCUAAACCAACUCGAACCGAAAUUUAUAAAUAUCGAAUGAAGCUGAAAUUUGUAAAUCCAAAAACUCGAAACCCAUAUAAACCCGAACCGAACUGAUACUCUAAAACACACCCCUAAUUUUUUUGAUUUUUAUCAACAAGCCAACUAAUUGAUUAAAAGCCUUUUAGUGGCAAUUGAACUACACCUGCCUAAUUGUUUUCAAUUCAUUUUUCCCCUUUCGAAUCCGCUCAACUUUGACGAUCCAACCCAUGACCGACGUUACCUAGAGGUACUUCUUCAUCCUCAUUGCGAAUUGGUUCAGUUUUUACAUGGAAGACUACUAAGAAAAAUUCAAAUUCUGGUGACUCAUUGGAAGUACAAUAGAAAUCUUUUUUAAAGGACAAAGGAGCGGCCAUUGAAAACCUCUAGUUAGUCACCAUGAGAGAAGUUUGUUUUUGCGUUUGUUUGAAAGGAUUUUAAUGACUCUGAGGUGGGAUGGCCGUUGGCGAUGAUUUCAUCUCCUCCGGCCUAGAUCUUCUUUCUAUGCAUUGAGAAGGGGGGGGGGGGUGUACGCGGCUUGUCAGAAUUUCUGAGACAACGAGUCAUAAAAAGGCGGCGGUGAUAAGCCAUGGAUUUGACCAACUUUCACCCAUGGUUUAUAGGUGUUUUUAUAACUAAUUAUUAUAUUAUAGAGUCUAUUUAUUAUAUUUAUAAGAUCAGGAGUGAUUUGGAGAUAAGUGAUGGUUUUGGAGCAUUUUGGAGAUAUAUGAAGCAAGCACCCGAGAUGACCAUCGAGCUCGACCAUCGGUCGAUACUGAGGGAGAAAUAUUGAUCGAUGUUAACAUCGAUCGACAGCGAAGCGCGUAGAAAGACCGUAGUCACAACCGACUUGAAGCCCAAGUCUUCACCAAUUUACAAGAUUACCCUUGACGAGUUUUAAUCUAAUUAUAUAAGCUUUGCCACCAUGUUAGAGGCAAAGUGUGCUUUUCUUGUGUUUUCGUGUUUUACUAUUUUCAGCAAAGGUUUUCUAAGAUUUUGAUAGAUUGGAGAGAAGAUCCAAGUUAUAUUUGUGAUUUGAACUCCAUUGAUAUCUAUUUACUAUUCUAAUGAAGUUUUCUUACCUUAUUGCUGCUUGAAUUGCUUGGCCAUGUCUUAGUAGUUCCAUUGUUAGAUUUUAUGGUUUAAAAAGGUUAUGAGGGAUCAGCUCCAACUAUAAAUUGCUGAGUUAUGAUAAUAAUCAUUAGGAUUGUCAUUAAUGCAAGAUUCUAGAUUAGCUUCCUAGAACUUGCCAUAGGAUUGUUAGAUAUAAGCGAUAGCUUUAAUCUCUUCCUGAAACCAUAGAGCUAAGAUUCUUGCUAGAGUAAGGCGAGAGCUGAUCUAGUGAGCUUAGUGAGCACAUUCAACCCGCGCAUUAACGCUUGACCAAUAGCAUCGAUCGAUAUUCAAAUAGAAUAAUCGAUUGACGUUGCGAAUAGUGUAUCGAUCGAUAUUCAUAUAGAAUCAUCGAUCAACACUGGUCAAUAGACAAACCUAGAAAGCGAAAGCCUAGUGGUUCGUUUAUAAGUGUUGAGCUCUAUAUUAUCAUGCAUGCAACUCAUUUGGCAUUUGUAGGAUUAUAUUUUCAAGUUUCCUGAAUAAAAACCCUAAGUAUAGCUAUUUCCUUUUUAAGCACCAAAACCUCUACCAAUCAAUCGAGCAAUUACAUGCUCAACAAACUACAAUUUUACAUUUAAAUCAUUAAACCACCUUACUUAACAAAUCUAAUUAGAUUUAUUAGGUUUUCUAUCUCCUUGCGGAUUUGAUCCCUAAGUACUACAAUUGAACCUCUUAUUUGAGAGAGUAAAUUCACUACUUAGGGUAAUUUGAGUGAUAUCAAAUUUGGCGCCAUUGUCGGGGAGCUUUGAUCGCCUAUUAAACUUAAUUUUUUUAAGUUUCUGACAUAAAUUUUUUUUCUUGGAUUUUCAGGUACAUGCCCAGCAGUACCAGAAGCAACAAGGAAAGUCAACUGCUAUUCUCACUAGAUCCUGCAAGCUUGGAGCGUUCAAUCCGCAAAGAAGCGCACUCCGCAUCGAUCGACAACAACACUUGUUCGUCGCUCGAUUUUCGUCAAUCACCGUCGACCCAUGCACUAGUCCUAUCGACCGACACUCGCUCACCACCGUCGACCAAAGACACUCAUCUUCCGUCGACGGACAUCUUCCAUCCGAUAUCGAUUGAUACUUCAGUCCGAACAUCGAUCGAUACUGAGCGCGAGACAUGGUUGCAACCUUAAUUCUUAUACGUGAUGAGAGGGGAGACCUAAAUGAACAUGAGAGUCAUCUACGUAAUGCAGCAGGCCAGAGGAUUAUUGCUCAGGUGGCUGCAAUCCCUGAGUCCGAUACUGAUGCUACAUGCACUACUUUACCUGUAGAUGAGGCUGCUCGACCCAGAAGAUUGGCUGACUACAACCGUCCAUAUCAGUUCUACACCAACAGAUCAGCCAUUCGUCCUCUAACUAUUCAGAAGGAUUUCAAGUUGAAGGCGCAAUACUACACACUCGUGGGACAGACACCCUACUAUGGGCUAUCUCAUAACCAUUCUAUGGACCAUCUGGAGAGGUUCGAGGAUCUCAUAUCUGCUAUUAAAGUCGAGGGAGUCUCUGAAGACUACUUCCUAUGCAAGCUCUUCAAAUACUCAGUUGUUGUAGAUGCUUCACAUUGGCUUAAGCAGUUACAACUAGGAUCUCUCACAUCUUGGAGCGACAUCAAGAAUGCAUUCUUAUGCAACUUCUUUUAUGAAGCGCGUGCUGAAGACUUGAGGAGAAAGAUUGCUACAUUCACUCAGGAGCCUGCAGAAUCAUUCAGAAGCUCCUGGAUCAGAUUCAAGUCUUAUCAGAGAGACUGUCCACACAAUGGAUUCAAUGAAGUACAACUGCUCAGUACUUUCUACAGAGGCAUCGCGGUGCAAUACCAGAUGGCUCUUGAUGCUUCCAGCAAUGGGAACUUCAACACCAGGAAUCCAGAAGAGGCAGUGAAGGUCAUUGAAAACCUAGCAUCUAACAUCAACACCAAGAACACUGAUUUUGAGAGGAAGAUAUCUGCCACCAUCCUUAGGAAUGGUCAGAUGGAUGAAGUAAAAGCAAAGCUGGACAAUGUUCACAAGCUUCUCACGAAGCAUGUCGGUUUGUUUGAAGAUGCAGAGGCUGUAGACACAGAAGGUAGAGCAGAGGAAGAAGAUGUGAACUUCAUCAGUGGAACUGGAUUCCAAGGUUCUGAAAACCAAAGUGGAAACAUAAACUCCUAUAGAAAUAGAGGUAAUUUCAACCAGAGUUCGCAACACCAAAAACCCUACAACAACAACUACAAUAACAACAAAGGUUAUGGAAACUCCUACUACCAGAAGCCACCACCGCCUACUCAAGAGAGAAAGAUUGAAGAGAUGCUUGAUAGGGUUCUUGAGGGACAGCAGCGCAUGACAGUGGACUUCAAUGGGAAGAUUGAUUCUAUCUACACCAACCUGAACACAAAGUUUGAGACUUUGAGCACUCAUGUGAAGAAGCUGGAGAUGCAGGUUGUUCAAAUAUGAGAAGCUCUUAAGAGGCAGGGAUCCUUGACAAGAGAGGUAGAAGAUGAUGUGAUGAAGCACCACGUGAAUGCCAUCAUUGAGGAUGAUUUCUGGCAAGUGGUGAAGGAAGAGAAGCUGGAAGAAGGAGAUUUCAAAGUAGAGAGUCUGAUGAGUUUCGGCGGAUCGCAUUGGUGUUGAUCUACCCCGAGCCUUGAACAUCGGUCAACAGAAGUCAUUCAAAACCGAUCGACAUCCUCACCCGAACAUCGAUCGAUAACACCUACGGAGUCAACCACAUCUUGUAAUGACAUAAGGAUCAUGAAUCAAGAGGAGUUCGCAGCAAAACUCCCACAUUUGCCUAGCCCCUGUCUACAUAAAAAUCGAUCGAUAUUCUGACCCCGUCAUUGAUAGAAAUCAAGAGACCUCCAUCGAUCGACAACCUCCAGCACCGAUCGAUCGAUGAGCACCUCUUACAUAUCGAGUGCAGAUGCUAAAUAUAGAUGUUGAACAUCUUAAUGCACUCAUGCCCAAACCCAAACCUUCAGAAAACCCACCAAAGACCGCCAGGACAUCUUGGACAUUAAGUUAAACUAUAAUUCUUUUCAAUUACUUGGGAGAGCCUUCUUGUCAAUAGUAGGAGCAGUGUGCAACUUGCAAACCAACCAGUUGUGCCUAACACUCAUAGAUCCUCAUGUCCACUACAACAAGAAUCAAUGAUCAUGGAAUCAUUGCAGCAUGCCACUAUGGAGCCGAGUACGAAACAGAAUACUCGGCGUCGAUCGAAACUCACACUGCAACAUCGAUCGACAAUGCCCAUCAAAAAUCGACCGACGCAGCAAGGAAAGAAUCGGUCGACAGUAGUUAAGGAGAAUGAGAAAACGAUUACUACAAUCCCACUAUGGCAGCACACACCAUACAUAUGGAGGAGUAUGGUGAAGAUUAUGAGGAAAAACGAGCUAUAGAGAAAGAGCGAUUCUUGACGAGGAAGAUAGACUUCUUCAUCAUUCCUCUUGGAAAAAGAAGUCGCCAUCGAUCGACACAAACGUUUCAACAUCAAUCAACAUUCAGCUUCAUCAACCAAGCCGCCUUCGAGCAUCGACCGAAAUCGCCUACUAUCCAUCGAUCGACACUAACGUCGACUAUGCCCGAGACGGAGAUUACUCAAUUGGCAGUUGGGCAGAUGAUCACUAUCACGAGAUCUACGCAGUAGAUACAACAUACCGUGAUCAAGGAGCUGAUGAACUUCAUGAGGCUUUCACAUAUGUGGAACUUCUCAACAUGCAAAGAAGCGAUUAAAUAGAUCAGAAACGAGCAAAAGCUGCUUGGGAAAGAACACGUUUCAGCCAUCCAAUCGACAGAGCGAGCCAUCCAUCCAUAGAAAGCGAAAGCCUAGUGGUUCGUUUAUAAGUGAGCUUUAUAUUAUCAUGCAUGCAACUUAUUAGACAUCUAUAAGAUUAUAAUUCCAAUUUUUCUGAAUAAAAAUCCUAAUUCUAGCUAUUUUAUUUUUAAGCACCAAAACCUCAACCAAUCAAUCGAACAAUUAUUUGCUCAACAAACUGCAAUUUUACAUUUAAAUCAUUAAACCACCUUACAUAACAAAUUCAAUUAGAUUUAUUAUGUUUUCUAGCUCCUUGUGGAUUUGAUCCUUAAGUACUGCAAUUGAACAUCUUAUUUGAGAGAGUAAAUUCACUAUUUAGGAUAAUUUGAGUGAUAUAAUUUAAAUGAGGCGGCUAGGGUUUUGGAGCCGUUUCUUCAUUAAGACAAAUAAUUUAUGGUCGUAGGAUGCAUCUACAGAUGGUUUAACUUUAGCGCUGACUAGUGACGGAUCUGUGGUGGCGUUGUACAUACCAGCCUUGAAGUCUCGAAAACCGGAAUGCCAGCUAUCGGUGUUCACCGGAGGGAAAAACGCGCUUCCCAGUCUUUUUACCCAUUACCUUCUCUUUUUGUUGCUCAAAUCUGUUUGUUAUUAUAAUGUUUUGCCAAAUCUUCUGUAACCAAUAAGCUGUUGUUUCAGUUAGCCAGCCUUGCGUUUCUGUUCUGUCGCCUGUUUAAAAGUUGAGUUAAUGCAUAAUUUUAUUUUUAAACAAACUGACUAAUUUGUGACGACGUUUUGCGUAUUACAUAUAUGAUGUUAUAAUCCUAAUCAUUCAUUUACAUGUCCUACAUGGUUAUUAUAAUACUCUUUCCGUUUAUUAGGAGACGACGUUUUGGAAAAAAUAAUGUUUGUUUUAAAUUACAUGUCCAUUUUGUUUAUCAAAAUAAAAUUUAUUAAUUUUUAUAUAUAAAGAUUUUUAUACUCUGAAAAUUAUUUUUAUUGGUUAAAAUAUAGUUAACUAAAUAGUUAAUAGAUCGAGAGUUUCCUUAUUUAAUUCGUGCUCCAAAUAGUCUGAAAUCAAAUUUAAAUAUUAAAUUAUAUAAUAAUGAUUGGGAUCAUGAAAAACGAGAUAACUCAUUUUAACAUCUUAUACUCGUGACACGCAUUAUCGACGUGGCAUGCACACCCGGGUUGGAAUUUUUUAACUGGCGAGUUAUAUUUUAUCUUUGAUGUGAGAUGUAUGAUUUUGUAUACUCAUUUUCAUAAUGGGUUGACAAUAAAAAAAAUGUGUAUGCAGUAGCGUGAAGCGAGCGUUAUAAUUUUCUAAUAAUAAUCACGUGCACCUAAUCCACCCGGUCCUUGAAAUAUUAUAGAUAAUCCGAACCCUCUUAUGAUAUAAAUUGGUGAUUCUGAGUAGCCAUUUCCGCGAAAAUGACCCCAAAACGAGUUUUAUCAUACUUUUUUCAUGUCAAAUAUGAAAUGUAAUCUAAUAUGUGUCGAUUUAUCUUCAUCGUUUUCAAUCAAUAUAUGAUAGUGACACGGAGACCAUUUCUUUCGCGUUGGUCUUUAUUUAUUUUGCAUAGGCAUAAGUCAUAUGUUUAAACGUUACAAAAGAUUUGGCGUAUCUUAUAAAUGAUAAAAUUACCAAACAUAAAACUGUCAAUUUUCUAGCGUGGAUAAGAAUCUGACGCGGAAUCAGAUUAAUUACUAGAAGUUUUCAGAUUGGAUAUUUUCAAUUGUCUAUUUUCACCAUGACUUCAUGAUAUAUACAUACAUGUCCAACCAGGGGCGAAGCUAGGAAUUAUUUUUAGUGGGUGCAAAAUUCAUAAAGGGCAAAAUAAAUAGCAAAGUUGGUGUCGAACCCUGGAUACUUAGGGGUGCAUAAGUAAACAUUAACCAUUUUUACUAGCUGGAACUUGCAAAGUUUUAUACAAAACUCCUUAAUAGUCAUAAAACUAUGGGUGCAUGUGCACACACAGCUGCUUUACUGGCUUCGCCCCUGUGUCCAACUAUCUCUCAGUGAAAUGAUACUGACAAAUAGUUCGACUCCAGAUGUUCUAAUAAGACUUAAGAUAUGGUUUUUCCUUUAUUUGACCAUGCAUGAUCAACUUUAGUCUUUGACGGAAAUCAUAUCUGAACUAUCAGUACUAAUUUUCAAAAAAGAAAAACAACAAUGAUUGCCUGAUUUAGUGUACACUGUGUUUAUCUCCUCUAUCUCUAUGUAGUCAACACUGAACCUAUCAUUCACUUAACUCUUUUAUUUGUAGCACCUUCCAAAUACUUACCUACUUCAAAUGUUAAUUUCAAAAAUAGAUGACUCAAAAUAUUUUGAAAAUGCUAAAUAAUUUAUUGUAAUACUAUUGUUGGGUUGCUUGAACCAGGCCCAAACAAACUCAUUGAAAGAGACAAUCAGCUAUCAAGCUCAAUUCCAUGUACAAGUUGUUGAAGACAACAUAUACUACAAUCAUGGGUCAACGUUUUCAAGAUCAUGUAAUCAAAACAUAUCGAGCUUGUGGAUAAAUAGAAAAUGGUUGUACAUGCGAAGUGUUAAAAGCGGAGCAAAUAUAAACCAAUUUGGUCCCUCCAAUAAGCCAAAGGACACUGAUUGAAGAUUAUUGAUAUUUUCAAGACUUGCUCAUAUUAGUUACUUUCACAAGCUAUUUAAUCACUACAAGAAAAUAGUCAAUUCAAUCAGUUGGGGGAAUCAGUCGUUUAUUUACGGUUUGCGACUGAUUUGUGACUGAGGCACUUAGUCACAAAGCGUCGUGUUGCAAAUAUAAACAAUCGUACAUCAGUCACAACUUAAUGGCUGAUUUACGGCUGACUUGGAAGUACAGAGUGCAGUGGGUAUCUUGUCGAAGUUCAGUUGCAAAAAAUUGUGCCUAACCCGCUACGUACCAAGCGUCUGGUCUACGACUACUUGUAAGUUGGUAUGUGGUUGGGGAGAAGUUGUCGUUUGUCAAUUGUCAGUCGUACAUACGCAGUUCCUAUAUAAUCGUAAAAUUGCGACUAAGGGCCUGACUGGUUCAAACGCAGCGGUUGCGGUUGCGGAAGUUUGUGGAUGCGGGUGGUUGCGGUUUCUAGCGGUUUUAAGAGAUUUGUACGACUGGUACUGCGGUUAAAAAUUGGUGCGUUUUUGCGGAUGACUUAUGACUGGUUAACUACCAAAUGCGGUAACAGUCAAAUAAUAA